UUCUUUCCUUCUAGCAAACCGCCUCUCACUCCGGUUGUCCCAACCCACCCAGACUUCCGCCAGCAGCCAAUCAGGAGGCUGCACACAAGACUGCGCCUUGAUAUUCGCCAGUUUCCGAUCUCCACAUCUCAGCAUUCCAUUUCUUACUGGAAGAGUUCUCUGGCAGAAUGCUGCAGCGUGUGGUGCUGGUAUUGGCGGUGGCCGGGGUGGUCGCUGUGGUCACUGCGGCCAAGCGGUGUCCGGCGUGUGACGUCAAGACAUGCGCACCUCUCAACUCUGGCGAGUGUCUGGCCGGCAUCAUGAAGGACGAGUGCAACUGUUGUGACGUGUGCGGCAAGCUGGAGGGCGAGCCCUGCGAUGACAGUGUCCGCGACCCAUGCGGUGACGGCCUCGAGUGUCGCCGGACCGUGGGCCCCAUCAAGAUCUGUCAGUGCAAGUUCGAGGAGAUUCUCUGUGGCUCGGAUGGCAAGACCUACUCCAACCUUUGUCAGCUCAUGGCCGCGGCUGUGCGCGAGCAAGUCACCGACACUCUUAUUGUCAAGUCGGUUGGACCCUGCGACCCAGGUGCAAGGAUCGUGUCACGGCCGGAGUACGUCAGGAAUCGAACCAACACCGACAUCGUGCUGCAGUGUGAGGCCAUCGGUAUGCCCAGCCCCUCUAUGGCCUGGAUCUUCACCAGGGCAGACAACCAGACUUACCAUCUUCCAGGUGACGACAACCUGAUGGUGACCUCGUCUCGGGGCGGUCCCGGCAAGUUCAUGGUGACGUCAUGGCUGCAGAUCGAGGGUCUGCAGAAAUAUCACGAGGGCGACUACACCUGUCUGGCCUUCAACCACCACAACACCGACAAGGCCACGGCCAGGGUCAAGGUCGUCGACAAAUAAGCUUCGGAGACAAAGAACAGAAAAAAAGACGCUUUAUGCGGGAUUUUUGUUGGAGCUUAAAGCGGACUUGGUUGCUUUGUCACCAGAUAAUCAUCUCUUCAUUUCAUACACGGGUGAUGACAUAAAAACGCAUUCAAAUGUGAUGGCACGAAACCCUCGCCAAGUACAAAAGAACUUCGAGAAGCACUUAGAAACAACUCCAAGUGUCUGACGCCAUUUUGCACACGUCACUAGUGGAACUAUCAUUGCUCAUCCCUCAUGUAAAGCUGAUUUCAAAUGGUGCUAAGUCCCUCUGACAGUGAGGAAACUAUGUUUUCUGGGUGAUAUUCUAUUCACUUUCUGGCGCUUCUGAUAUUCAGCAAUAAUUGCAGUCUGUAUGAUUUAUCUCAUUAUUGUCUUGACACUAUACGCUUAUCUGUAGACCAGUUCAUUUACUGUACAUCUGGUUAGGUCUUAUGUUUUAUAUUUUCGUCUCUCUUUUCUUGUUGUUGCUGUUUUCUUCUCUCAUCUAUCUACUUUUGACAUUUAAAAAUUUGUUAUAUUAAAAAUAAAUUCUCUGACAUGAGGGUAAACUGGUGUUCAAACAUUUCUCUCUGAUUUUGACUCUUACAUGCCUUGGUGUGUUUUUUGUUCUGUUUUUGGUUUUUAUGUAUUGUAUUUAGCGGAAGUUAUGUUAUUAUAAACAGAAUUUUUAUGUCUUGUACAUAUUCUUGUUAAGCUACUCACAUUCGCGUUGUUUGCUUUCAAGCCAGCUUUUAACAAUUCUUCACUUGAAAGAUCAUUUUUAAAAAUCAAAGAAAGUAACACGUGCCUGACAGUUAAUUAUACAGGUUUUAUGUACCUUUGACAUACAAAAAUACACUAAAGGUUUAAGUUUCUAAACAACAAACUCGCCGGCUUAGAGACCAGCCUGGAUGAAUUGCGUUUUUUUUUUUUUGUUUAGAUAUCGGUAGAUAUAAGUGAUAUAAAACUAACCUGUAAAUUUUAGUCUCUAAAACCCAUCCGUUAAUUAAUUAUCCGCUAAGAUUCGUACCUGCGAUUAACGAGCGCCUCUACCAGUGUACUACGUCACGCUAACGGUGUACGUCAUGUUGGUACACCGUUGACAAGGUUGCCAGCUGUCAACACCAAACAGAGUUGCAGUCCAGGUUACUGGGAUGCUGAAAGUCUGCAUUUUUCGUGUUAAAGAAGCAGUUUUUUUCUGAAGCACGAGACUUGCAGACUGUCGUCGUCCGAAUAAUCCGAACUGUGGCUCUUUCUCUCUCUGUACGUUUGGUGUUGACUGCAGGCAACUUGUAAAUGGUGUACUAGCGUGACGUAGUACGCUGCUAGCGUGACGUAAUACACUGUUAGAGGCGCUAGUUGAUCGCAGAUGCCAGUAGUAGUGGAUAAUUAAUUAACGGAUGAUUUAGGGAAACUGAAAUUUACAGGUUAGGUUCCUAUCGCCUAUAUCAACCGAUAUGUGAACACAAACACCGCAAACCAUCCAGGUUGGUCUUUAAGUUUCUUACACUGGUUCUGACUUUUUUAAAAAUCAGUAAGUAGUAGCGGAAAGAACUUAAAUCAACUGAUUGCUGUACAAAAGGUGACCAGUACUACCAUGUGUCCAGUUCCGUAAAAUUUUGGUUUGUGUUAAGAUUACUGCAACUUUCAGAACAAAUUUAUUUUUAUUAACUUUUCCGUGAAAAUGUCUUAUCCUAUAAUGAAAAGCGUUUGCGAGGUAGCGAAAAGUAGCUUGUUUAGAAGAAGGAUGUUCAAGAUAAACAUUGAUGUAUCUGUGUGUAAUGUGCAUUUACUGUGUGUAAUAUCGAAAUUCAACCGUGCAGGUUAUACAACGAAAUCCCGAGUCUUCCUGACUAACGUAUACAGAGUCAUGUCUAGAAACUAUAUUUCUAUUGCACUACACAUUACUGCUCUUCCUUUUCUGUAAGCCUGAAUUUUUUUAAUAAACAUGUAAUAUGCUUA